CCCCCAUAUCCGUGCGCCGAGCUGAUAAAGGCGCCAUUUUGGAGGGGCCGCGGGAGACGUGGUGUCGCUGCGGGCUUGCUCUGCCGUGCGCUAGGCUUGGUGGGAAGGCCUGUUCUCGAGUCCGCGCUUUUCGUCGCCGCCAUGUCGGGAGGUGGUGUGAUUCGUGGCCCGGCAGGGAACAACGAUUGCCGCAUCUACGUGGGUAACUUACCUCCAGACAUCCGAACCAAGGACAUUGAGGACGUGUUCUACAAAUACGGUGCUAUCCGCGACAUCGAUCUCAAGAAUCGCCGCGGAGGACCGCCCUUCGCCUUCGUUGAGUUCGAGGACCCUCGAGACGCGGAAGACGCGGUAUACGGUCGCGACGGCUAUGAUUACGAUGGAUACCGUCUGCGGGUGGAGUUUCCUCGAAGCGGCCGUGGUACAGGCCGAGGCGGCGGCGGGGGUGGAGGUGGCGGGGCUCCCCGAGGCCGCUAUGGUCCCCCAUCCAGGCGUUCUGAAAACAGAGUGGUUGUCUCCGGACUGCCUCCAAGUGGAAGCUGGCAGGAUUUAAAGGAUCACAUGCGUGAAGCAGGUGAUGUAUGUUAUGCUGAUGUUUACCGAGAUGGCACUGGUGUCGUGGAGUUUGUACGGAAAGAAGAUAUGACCUAUGCAGUUCGAAAACUGGAUAACACUAAGUUUAGAUCUCAUGAGGGAGAAACUGCCUACAUCCGGGUUAAAGUUGAUGGGCCCAGAAGUCCAAGUUAUGGAAGAUCACGAUCUCGAAGCCGUAGUCGUAGCAGAAGCCGUAGCAGAAGCAACAGCAGGAGUCGCAGUUACUCCCCAAGGAGAAGCAGAGGAUCACCACGCUAUUCUCCCCGUCAUAGCAGAUCUCGCUCUCACAUAUCUGAAGAGAUGGAUUAAGAAUGCUUUGGAUUAAGGAUUGUGGAGCACAUUUCAAUCAUUUUAGGAUUGUCAAAAGGAGGAUUGAGGAGGAUCAGAUCAAUAAUGGAGGCAAUGGUAUGACUCCAAGUGCUAUUGUCACAGAUGAAAUUGGCAGUAUUGACCUUAUACUAAAAGGCAAGGGUUAAAAGUGAUUAUAUAUGUAUAUAUAUAUAUAUACAUCUACCUUAAAACACUUGCAAACAUCUUAUGCAGUUAUCUUUAGCUACAAUUGCUUUGCUCUUUAAACCUUGGCAAUUGUGGCAAAUUACAUUGCCCAUUUUGUAACAAUUUAUUUUGCUCCCUUCCCCCCUUUUUUGUUUUAAUAGGGACUAAUGUGGGAAGAACUGGCUAAUUUGUCACAGUGCUUAGUUACAACUGUUAAUGUGUGACCUGCUGUUGGUGUACAUGUGGGUACAGGGUGUCUUUAAUUCCAACCAGAUAGAGUAUAAUAUCAAUACUGCUAAAUCUGCAUGUCCUCUGUGUGACUGAUAUAGCGUUGCUAUUUCAUUUUUUUAAGACAAAAUGAAAGCAGAAUAGAGAAUUCCAAUGUAUUGGUGUAGAUAAUCUAGUUGGGAAUACUUUUUAAGUCUCACCUUCCCCUUUAAACUAAUAUUCAUAAUUGACUCAUGUUUAAAACACUUUAAUUUACAAAUUAAAUUGCAGAUGGGAGCAUUAGGUUUAGUUUAGACUUAGGGUGGGUAGCAAUACCAGUAAACUUCUCAACUACAUAACUUUUUGCAACCACAAAACCUGUAAUACGCUGUACAGUAACAAGUGUUGGCAUUAUCAGUUGAACUGUAAAUAUAAAAUGCUUCUUCCAAUUAGUCUCUAUGAUGAUUAAGUUUCUAAAAUUUAUCUGAACACCAUUCAGAAACUUGUUUUGGGGAAUUUGAUAGUUAUUGAUGUACAUCUGUUAAACUGAUGACAGACAUAACUCAUCAUUCCCCAGAAACCUUUUUUGAUUACAGUAUCUAACAUUUUGCCUCCUCUUUUUUGGUUUUGCUGGUUAUAAAGGUUUGGAUUGGAGAGGGCUCACUGGAUCCCAAUCCUUGGAGCUGGAUCAUUGGAUUCAAAUCAUAAUGUGGAUAGGAUAGGGAGGAUGAAUUACAAGGAUUCAUGGAGCGGGAUCAGAUUACCAGGAACAUAGGAGUGGAUUCCUGCCCCAACCAAACCGCAUUCAUGUGGAUUUUUUUUUUUUUAUUCAACUUAAUUGGCUAUUCCAAAGAUUUUUUUUUUUCCUAUUUUUGACGAUUGGAGCCCUUAAGAUGCACGAUGGAAUUGUGUUUUGCAUUUUUUGGUAAAAGGAGCAAAGCGAGGACCUGGAGAUAAUACGCUGGAGCAAUCUCCUUGGAAGGAUUCAGCACGAGUAGAUGGUAAACAUUUAAAGGGGAAAGGGGGGGUUUGUUUAAAAUAGUAAAUCAGUAAGUCACUUCUAAAUUUAAAGAACAAAAUUGGAGUUGAAGAAUAAGUAGGUUUCCAAUUGGCUAUUGCCGUUUUUCUUUGAAAAAAAUAAACAUUUUUUAAAAAACUAUGCAUGGUUGUCCUUUUUCCUCUUCAUGUAAAAUUUUAACUGGGUGACUAGUUUAUCAGUUAAUACUUUGAUAAGAUUCUGUUAUGUGUUAGUAAAUUAAAGGUUCUUGAAAGGUAAUUUCUAAUAAAUGGAAUUGGCCAUCUCUUACUGUUAAUUAUAAGUUUUGGGGGAGAUAAGGUAAGAAUAAGGCAAUUGUGUAUAUAAUAUGGUAAAUGGGGGGGUGAUCUAGUUUCUGAAAGAUAAUCUUCCCAUACUUUGAUAAAAGUAAUUAAAUUUUAUAGAUGUUUAUUUUUUGCUGAUCAUCUAGACAACAGGCUUUUGUGCAGAAUUGGGUAGUGACUAGUUAAUGUUAACUUGGGGAUAGCCUUUGAGAUUUUAAAGCUUUUCUCAAAAAUUGGUAAGUAUUAAAUGUUAAAUUCAGCACAGAUUAGAACUCUUAACACAAAUUACAUUUUUUCUGAAAUGUGAGUAAUACACCAGAAUUUUAACUGCUUAUUUAUUGUUAAUAAAAAGCUGGGCUUUAGAAUUUUGCCUUGCAAACCCUUCUCAACCAUAAGAUUAUUCUGUAUCCAAAACCUACCAAAGCAGUGAUUUAUAUCUUAGUCUGCUAGUUCUUGUAUCUUUUUGAUAGGCCCUCGGUGCUAAAUUUUCAAUGAGUUGGGGGAGGAGAUUUUUACUUAAAAUCCUUAAUCUUUUUCUUUUGAUUUCCUCAUAGCUAGUCAAAACCAUCAAAACACUUUUUUCUGCACUCAAAAGAAAUAACUAAGUCUUAACAUUUGCCUUGGAUGCUAAUCAGAGUUGGAAGCUGAAUUUAAGACCAUUAUGCAGGUGACAUAAUUUGAAACCUAGGAAAAACUAGACCUAAUCUUGGUAAUAGAAGAAGUGGGCCCCAGUAGAUAAGGGCACAUUUGCAUAAGGGCACCCAACCAAAACAUUUAGAUGAACCUUGUGGAAUGUAAGGAGGAAGAGAAGGGACAUUAAGUUCAAAACUAAGAUUCCACUUACAAGUAAAGAAAUUGGUUUAGAUAAGGAAGUUAGUUUAUGCAAGAAUUCAAAAUACAAUGUUCAAGAAGUGGAAAGAUCUUUACUAAUUAAAGCCGUUUCAUGUAUAGAAUAUAAGUAUUUUUAAACUAAUUCUGGAAAGGUUAAUGUGAGCUAGACUUCAGCUUGUGUUCAUUGAAUGUGUUGGAAACCAGACCAAGAUGAAAAUUGCCUUCACUGAAGAUUGAGUGCAUUUAAGCUAAGUUGAAAGCUGUGUUCUAAAAAACUUAGUAGUCCAAAUCUCAGAAUUGAAGUGAGAUAGAAAAGAUCUGAUAAUAAGCUGUCUGAAGAUUAGAGGACUUGGCUGCAUAUUUAUAGAAGGUAGAUGGGCACUGGACCAGACAGCUAAAAGCUGUGAGGGCAGAUGCAGACUUUUUUCAGUCUUAGGAAAUGAACCCUAAACCUCUAUCCAUUUUGGCAGCUGUUAGAAGAAAGUUGCACUGUUCUCGAACUAAAAAAGUAGCCCUGAAUUGUUUCCCUUUUCUCUCCCUAUUUAUGUCCCCUUAGAAUAGUGUAGGGAGCCUAUAAUUAGCUUGUUAUUUUCUAACCAAGGAAAAACUUUUAAGAAGCAAUUAUUUUUCAUAACGUCAGAUUGAAUAACCCACCUUGCUGUUCAGCCCACAUCCUUCCGGAAACAAAAGGUAAGAAACCCAUUUUCUGAUUCCUAAUUGUUUGGGAUCUGAAUUUUAUUUUUAAAAUUUGUUUAAUAAUUUUUUAAAAAUACUGUAUGACCAGAUUUUCCUUGUUAAAAAUGUUUUUCCCCUAAGUUUUAUAUCUUCAUAAAUUGAGUGCUCCUGUGUCCACUUAUUGUAGUGUUUAAGUUCGGUAUGAUUCUAGAAUUUCAGCUUUCUCUGUUUUAUCUUUGAAACCUCUUGCUCAUUAGGACUGAUGUGUGUUUUCUGUGGAGAUGAAUUUCUUAAUGUGUCUUUUCACUUUGUAUAUGAAGUACUGAAAUUAUAAAUUAAGUUCUGUGUAUGUAUUUACCGUAAAUAGUAUUAAAAAGAGACUAUUAGGCUGAAAUUUUGUUGUAACAACCAGUCUUUGGUUUCAUUUAUUCCAUCUCAGUAUGAAGAUUGCAAAGGCAGAAAACCGGUUCACAAUCUCUUAUCCAAAAAAUUCUGAAAACAAAAUUUGUUGUUGAAUGUGAAACCUGACCAGAAUUGAUGCCUUCAUUUUGCACUUUACUGGGACUGCAUGGUCUUCUGCAGAAAUACUGAGGUUUCGUUACACCCUUGCCAUAGGCUUUGCUGGGGGUGUUAGAUGAUACAGAGUCUAUAUAUAUAUACACACCAUACUGUAUUAUAUGAAGUUCGAAUGGCUCUGAAUUUCAAAUACACCUGCCCCCCCUUGAGUUUGGAUAAGAGAUUAUAGAACUCUAAUAGAGUAUAGGGCUAAGCUUCAUGUGAGUGAAAACCUGUUCAAGUGUGGAUCCUUUCUUAAUGGAGAUCUAAGUUUCCCAUCUUUUUAGGCUGAAGCAGUCACGAGAAAAAAGGUAUGACCUACAUUUCUUUAUAUUCUGUUGGUAUAGUGGACUCACAGUUGUACUCCACUGAAGGAAAUACUCUACCAUUCUAGUGUAUGUAGUGGUAUAUUCAGUUCUUUGGGGGGUAAUUUUUUUUUUCAAUACUUGACAGGAGUAUUGAUCAAUAUCUAUAGGAGAAGCUGGGAUUGGCAUGAAUUGAUGCAAUUAUAAGGAAACAUCCGAAUAAAUAAUAAUCCUGGCAAAAAUUUGCUUUAAAUAGGGGCCCAAGAAGUUGCGGUUAUACUUAAACCAGCACUUACUCCUGUGAUUGAGGACUUUGGGGAUGCAUCUUGGUAACUUCAAAAGCUAUACCUGAAGGUGGUUGUGAUUUUGUAGGAAUCAAGGAAUUUUUCUAUUAAAUCACUUGGUGCUUCUGUAGUACCCCCCCCAAAAAUAGUCUUUUCAUGUAGAAGUUAAUAGGCAGAAAUAACCUCAUAGUAAACAUUUUAGUAAGUUCUUUCAGCUGGAUUAUUGGAGAGAGAAAAUUUAUGCAUGCCUUUGCAUAAGGAGUUGCUGUUUUAGAUAGGUGUACAAAAUGACAGAUAGAUGAAAUAAUACUUAAGAUCUUGAGUUCAGCAGAUUCUGGGUGUUUUGUCUUUAUCUCUUAAGUACAAAGGAGUUAACAUAAGAACCAAGUUAAAUGUCUUAACUCCUGCUACCUUGUGACUUAGUCUAUCAACUGUUGAUAGAACUAUAAAUGUGAAGGUAGUAGAAAUUGAGAACCUGUAGAAUGCUGUACUCCUCUUCACCUAAAUACGAGCAAGACAACUUAAAGGGAUGCCAAAUGUCUAGUAAGUUGUUUUUUCAACCAUGGUCUGUUCUACUCCGCUAUUGGAGUAAAUGCUAGGGAAAACCUUGUAGCCACUAGAGGGAGCUAUUAUAUAAGUAAACCAGGGGAGUAUUCUUACUGCAAAGAACCCUUAAAACAAGGUGGAAACCAACUAUCUUAAUUCUAUCAGCUCCAAAGUUAGGUGGGGUUUUUAGGGUGGGUAAGUUUUCUUCCUGUAAUUGAACCUCUGCCUUCUCAUCUGUUGAGUAAGGAUCCAUUUAGGCCUUGAACAGAGCUUUUAGUACUGAACCUCUAAAGAAAAAAAAAAAAGAGGUUCAGGGACAUAGGAGAAAAUGCUGAAGACGUGAAUCUGCUUAUUGUCCUGCCUCCCCUGUACACCUGCAGGUAUGGACCAGUAAGGCCAGAAGUGUAAGAAUUGGGUACAGGAGUAGAUGUGCUGCAAAUGGCACUCCAGGCAUAAAA